UGGAAAAGAGGUUGCCGCUCCCGAGGAGAAUGUAAAAAAUUGAGGUCGAACGUGGGAUAGACGAACGAGUAAGACAGACCAAUGCGCGGCAAAAGCUACGGCAUUGGGUGUUGGCCCAGACGUGGACUUUGACCAUCCCUAUGAAUGGAAAUCAGCGAGAUCUGUGCAGCGGAGUACUCGCUCAUAUUCUUGUCGAAUCUCCUUGACCUUGUUUCGUUACCGAAAGUCUACCCAAGGAAGAAAGACUCGUCAUGAUUUACAACAAGGAGAACGUGACCGAUAUCCCGAGGCUGGACCUUCUGUCAUUCUUGUUCGCCCAAGAGGACACGCCCAUCCACGCAGAAGCAAACGAUUCCUCGAAAGUAAUUACGAAAUCUCAAGCCCGGACUCUGACGCGCCAAAUCGCUCAUUUCCUUCGUCAUGAGUACGGUGUUGGUCAAGAUGGUCACGACGAAGAUGUAGUGGCCACAGUGUCUACCGGACAGCACGCGCUCGCAUGCGUCUUCUACGGUGUCGUCGCAGCUGGAGGUGUCUACUCGGCUGCCAGUCCAGGAGCUACCGUUGGAGAACUGAUUAGACAGAUUCAGGAUGGACCAGCCAAGAUCAUCAUUUGUAGCGCUGACGUCAAACCACUUGCAGAAGCUACUGCAACUGCCGUCGGUCUACCUAAACAAAACAUUCUCGUGUUUGAGUCCACACCAGAGAUCAGACUUGAGAGCAUUGAUGGAAGUGUGCGCUGUGACUUCGACAAGGAGCUAGCGUGGAAGAGAAUCACUGAUUCUGCAGAGUUGGAGAAGAGUCGCAUCUGCAUGCUUUACUCAUCUGGAACCACAGGACUUCCCAAAGGCGUCUUGAUCUCUCACACCAACAUGGUAGCAGAGGCUUUCCUUCCUGCAUACAUCAAUCGACCCAUCUGGCAGGACUGGGCGGCAGUAGGCAAGCCCUUCGAGCUACGUACACUGGCCCAUCUCCCUACAGCUCAUGUCUCAGGCGUACAAGGAUACUUCGUGAACGCUUUCUACGAUGGUGGUAUCGUGUACUGGAUGCCAUCUUUUGAUUUUGGUGCUUUCUUGAAGUACAAUGUUCAGUAUAGCAUCACGACUUUCUUCAGCUUGCCCAAGAUCUAUCUUGGUCUUGCUAGACAUCCAGCAGUUACUGGUCAGCUGAAGUCACUGCGCAUAGCGUACUCUGGUGCCACACCUUUGAACAAGGAAGUCUAUCAUUGUGCGAAAUUCGGUGUUGACGGUGAGGAGAGGACACUACUCAGCCAGACUUGGGGUGCAAGCGAGACCACCGGUGCAGUCACCCAUAUGUCACCGAACAGAAGAGACAUAUCUGGCAGCGUUGGAGCAUUACUUCCUAACAUGUUGAUGAGAUUGGUCGACGAGAACGACAAUGAUGUCCCGUUUGGAGAGCCUGGUGAGGCACUAAUCAGGGGUCCGCUAGUUACCCAAGGCUACCAUAAGAACGCCGAAGCCAAUGCCAAUGGCUUCACAAAGGAUGGCUGGUAUCGCACAGGCGAUGUGAUGCAGUUCGAAAAAGGUGGCGAUCUUCUAUACGUAGUUGGCCGCACAAAGGAAAUCAUCAAUUACAACGGACUCAAGAUUGCACCCGCAGAGCUGGAAGACAUCCUCUGCGAGCACCCAUCAGUCGCCGAUGCAGCUGUCGCAGGAAUCAAGGUUGGACAGACCGAGGUUCCUCGCGCCUUUGUAGCGCUUCAACCGCAGACUGAGCAGUGCCAAAAGCUCGAGGACGACAUAAAAAACUUUGUGAAGUUGCGUGUGUCUGAGCAUAAGCAGUUACAUGGAGGUAUAGUAUUUGUGGAGACAGUACCUCGUCUCUUGUCAGGUAAGGUGUGGCGUAAGAGAUUGGAUGAGAUGGUCGCAAGCUGCUGAUGGUUUGUCGCCACAAAGUCGGUGGUCAGAGAUUUUUAGCUUUAUCUCAGCCAAAGUCAUGACGACACAUCGAUACUGAAUUCAUAUAGCUUCAGUUCCAU